UUGUGUUGUUGUUGUGGGCUAAAUACAGUUACUGGUGCUGUGUCAGAUAUUGGUUUUCUUAAAUAUAAAUUCAAAGACUUGCAUUUUCUUUUGGACCUGAAACAUUUAUAACUGUAAUAGGCGUACGAUAAAAGCGACACUUUAAAUUAAACAAUAGUGUAACGCAUUGUCGGUCUCCUAACAAACACGGCAUGUUGAAACGGGACGUCGGGUUGCCUGCAGGAUUGUUAUCUUCUGUGGCGGACACACAGUCUCUGUAACCCGGGCGUGGAUAUCAAAACUAUGUCGCAGGGGAAGGCCAAAAAGAAACUUCAUUAUCAACAAGCAGAGGACAAAAGCAAUUCUCAAAUCCAGAUCAAAGAAGUCUUUACCCUGCAUGAUAUUGACACUUUAUUUGAUGACAUUGAUGCAGACUCUGAACUGCGUUUGCCUAUGCUUUCUCCAUUGCCCAAGAGCAGCAGCGUAAAUGAUCAGAAGAAAAGUGGGGAUUCCAAUGACAUAAAGGCUCCAUCUGAACAGGCACCUAAGCAUGAUUUAAUUGAGGUUAAUGGAAUUCACAGUGAUGAAAUCACUGAUAAUGAAAGUCCGUUUAAAGAUAUGGCGCCCAUAAAGACGUCCAGCCCUAUUUCUUUGGCAACAGAGGGGGAAGAAGCAGUGGAUGAAGUCAGGCCAAUGGCUGACCCUUUGCUCUUUGGAGAAGAUGAGGAUCCUAUUGGAGAGGACCCAGAAAAGCCUCCUUGCACUCAGCAGGUUAUUCGUAGUUAUAGUGAGUCCUUUGAAUCGCCACCAGAAAGGCUUACAUUCCGAAAAGCCACUAAACCUAAUGCUGGUUCUUCAUCAAGCAUGAAGACUGCAAAAACAAGCACAACUUCUGUGCAAGCCACCCAGUCGACACUACUGAAAAUGCAGGAAGAUUCACCAACGGAUAAAGAUCCAAGUCGACUGUCUCCUGCUUUGGUUCAGAACAAUGAGCAAAAACUUCAUGGGGCUGAGAAAUGCAUAGAUCAGAUGGUGGAGGAUACUGGAAAAAGGUCUUCUUUCCAGCACAAGCUUAAAAAAGCCUUAAUGCCUAAAUCCUCAAGGAAACCAGCCACAGUUCCUGCUCCUCCGCCUGUAGAUUUAGAGGAGGACUUCAUGAUUCUGGACGAUGAGGCUCCUAUUCUGUUUGUCAUCCCUCGGAAGACAGAUGUCAGCAAAAACAAAAAGACUGUCCAAGCUAAAACCUCAAAAGAGAGUCUUCCAGCCGAACCUCCUUCACCGACUGAAGCAGAUGUGAACGAUCAACAGAGGAUGACUUCUAAAAGAAGGAAAGCACAAAAAGAGUCUGGGAAGAAACAACCCAAAGGAAACCACUGCAAAGCUUCAAAAAAGAAGGGCAAAGACGCUGUGUUAGAUGUUUUAGAGAAAAAAACAAAUUCUGUACUUGAAGUACAAGAGAGGGGUGUUGGUGAACAGAUCUCCCCUCAAAAUGUCCCGGACCUCAAAGAUGUUGAUUCUUCAGUGGUUACAGGAGAGCAAAGCUCAAAGGACAAUGCAUCCGAUGACCUUCCUGACGGAGGUGAUGGAGAUACAGACUGUCCUCAAAUCCUUGCUCCUCCUGUGGUGAGAAUAACAAAGAAAUCUUCAAAGCUGACUGGAUCUCAACAGGAGAGGCUGGGAAACAAAGCAAAUAAGGAAUCCAAAAAAGUCAAGAGUACCAUAGAUCCUCACUCCACAAACAAAAACAUAAAGUACAGUAGGAAAGGGGAAGCUGUCUCUAAGACAAACAAGGGGACGUCAAAAAGACAAGUAGAGCCGGAACCGAUAAAUGCUGUUUGUGAGGAGGAUGACAGUGUUGAACCACCACCUGCCUAUCAAGAGGAAGAACAAGUGGUAAAAAAGCAGUCUUCAAACAAACAAAAAGCUUUGAAGGUUCCAAAAAAAGACAAGACAAAACGGAUUGAACCAACUCCAAAAGAUCCACCACCAGGUGCUUCUGACAUUUCUUCAGACAGUUCUAUGAUUAACAAGAGGACGAGGAAACCUCCAGGAACGUGGUGGCUUUCUGGCCAAGAUGAAAGUGCCACACUGAGGGAAUCGGAGGAAACGGGCGGUACAACGCAGGGACCAAAGACCAAGAAAACUCCAAGCAAGCAAGCAGCUGUGGUGGUUUCUGAAGAAGCAUUUUCAGGACAGUCUUCCAAGCCUGCCCAAAAACGUCAGAAGCGAAAAUCUUCAUCUAUAUUUAAUGUGGUGGAAAAUGCUAAAAAGGUGUUAACUGCAGGUGAUGAGGGUAAAUCUGAGCAGAAAACGGCAAAGAAAUCGGUUGGUCGAAAAAAAAUCAAAGCAGCUGCUCAAUCUCAAGUGCCUUCACCGACCAGUGUGUCUCAAGAGGAGAUAGGAGCUACUUCAGAGGUCGCUGCUGAGGAUAUUAGUCCAGUAUUCUGCGCUCAUCGACAACACAACCCUACACCAGGUGAGAAGCAGUUGUUCGACAACGUGUACACACGCGUCAAUGGGUCUGCAAAGAAACGCCCUUCAUCUUCACUGAGAAGACCCGAGAGCUCUUCCCCAGAUGUUUCAUGGAAAAGACAAAGAAAAGCCCCUUCCAGCUGGUGGGAGGUGGCACAGUCUCAAGAACCAAUUGAUGGGCCUUUAUCACCUCACAGUUCCGCUCCACAAAAGUCUAAACCAACAAACACCCCUAUUCGUGCUGCGUUGCAUAUUGAGCCAAAUCCAGCAAAGUCGCUCAAAACAAAGAACCACACGAGGAACGUUCAAAGAAACAAUAUCAGCACACCAAAGUCAAUCAAAAGUUCUUUAGCUUCCAUGAAUGCCAUUUUUGCCUCUGACAAAGUUAACGUGGUGAAAAGUGGACAGAGGCGCACAAAACAGGGACGCAGAAAUAUCCUUCACUCUCUUGAGGAUCAGUCCGAUCACUCGAGUGAGAAUAUGGCACACAGUGAUGAUCAGAUGCUGGGAAACAAACAUGUUUCUUCUCACUUUGUUGCUGUGAAGCCCUCAGGGAACAAAACCCAAACAAGUGUCAGAGUGUCCAGCGGACCAAACACCUUAUCUGAUGUUGAUGUUGCGUUCCGAAGUGGGCCAUCAUCAAUGAUUGAGCUUCAGCAUCAUGAUGAGGAAGAUGAUGAUAUUGAUUUGCCUUCAACCAGAUUGACUCCCUGUGUGCAACGUGUCCCUCGGGUGUUGUCGCAGUGUGAUCUCUGUGGUCCUCCUCUGCAGACCAUUGUCCUAGAAGAAGAAGACUGGAACAACCUGAAGGCAUGGUUCUCUCACCUGUGGCCCCCGGCCUCUAAAGAGGGCCAUGUUAUUAGUCCCGAUGACUUCCACUGGCACUCUUACGGAGGUCGAGCCAUGGGUCAUGUGGUGGACCUCGAGAGCACCUCUUUCUCACAUGGAAAGAUUCUGCUGGGGUCAUUCAUGAAGAAACCCUCACAGAUGGACCUUGAAACAGUUUCUGUUUUCAGCAUUAUCUCAAGUUGUGUGCGAGUUGAAAUCGAUGGUGUUAAGUCUGUCUACAAUUCUGGACAAGUGUUUAUGAUACCCUGUGGACGGGAGUAUAGCAUCCACAACCUCUGUCAAGAGCCUGCUGUGCUGAUUUACCACAGGACACAGUCAGAUCACACACAGUGCUGAGUGAUGGACUUUGGAAUAUUAAGCGUGGAAGAUGGAAUUUUCAACUGUAUAUUUUUAAAUAAAAUUAUUGAUGUAUAUCUUUCAAAAGAAAUACAAAUAGUUGUCUGACAAAGCUAGUAAAUUCUAGAUAUUUCUUUGUGUAAAUAGAAAGAAAAGAAUUGCCAAUGAUAAUGGCAACUGUGAAACAUGAAUUUUAAAGUGUUGUGUAAAAAGCAUUUGUGAUUCUGUCUUUGUUUCUUUGGAAUGUGGCAGGAAGUUUGGACAGAUUGUUCAGCUGUCAGUAGGGGUCAGCAGAUCCUAAGCAAUAUCGAAUUGGUCUUGUGCAUUCACAACAUUGUGGGCAAUUUUUUAACUCAAAAUGGAUCAUUUGUUGCGUUUAAUUUAAAGGGUGUGUCAGUGUAGGUGUAAAGUCUUCUUCAGUUAUCUUGCAAAUCUAUUUAUGUAUAGACCUGCCAAAAAAAUCCCUGUUUGAAUGUUGCAGCUUGCCUCAGUCUAGCUCUGUUUACAAAACAUCUAGAAUUUGUAAUUUUUUACACAUCCAUCUUCAAUUCAUUUGUCUAAAAAAUUAAACAUUUUCUACACCGA